ACGUCAGCUGCAAUUCAAAUUUUUAGCGCUCGUUAUCGGAAGAGAGAGAGAGAGAGAGAGACGGGUGUCUUUUAAUUCAUACUUAUAUAGGCUAUUAUACAGUUUAUCGACGUAGGGGUGCGUGAAUACAGUACAACGAUGUCCUGUCGACGAAGUGAAGCUUUGGCAUUCUCUCUUGUGACCGAGAUCAAUCAUGCAAUGGCGAGACUGGUGGAUAUAUGGGACAGCAUUGGCAUCAUGGAAGAUCAGAGGGUGGAGAGAAUGCAAACUGUGAAAAAGCAUAUUGAUGGUCUUUUACAUUCCAUGAUCAUGGAGGAAGAGGCCUUACGUCAUCGCAUCAGGGCCGAUAUCAUUACCUCCCAGAAACAAUUGGAUACAUUGUGCUUGGAGCUGGCAGUGGAGCCAUUUAAAUUGGAGGAAGGCCUUACGGUUCUGCAGAUGGAGAAGAACCUGCGUUGCCAUGUUGAAUCUCUUCAGAAAGAGAAGAAUGACCGUCUGAGAGAGAUGAACGAUCUGAGAAAGCAGGAUGAGGAGCUGUGUGUGACUCUGUGUGCCACCCCAUAUUACAUCCCAACAGGAAGUGUGCCCUCUCAAACCCAGCUGCGGGAACUCCAGGAGCAUGUAGAGAAACUCUGCAUUGAAAAAGAGAGCAGGGUGAAGGUGUUCUCUGGGCUCAGGGAGGACAUCAGGAGUCUGAUGGAUGAGAUGGGACAUGAACCUGAAAACAGUCUGGAAAGGGAGUCUAUCUGCCCCGAUACUGACAUUUUUCUGCUCACACAUGACAAUAUCAAAGCCCUGAAGCUGCUGCUCAGCCAGCUGGAAAUGAAAAAGGAAUCCUUGAUUUCAGCCAAAGACAAACUCAAGGAGCGAGCUACGAGCCUGUGGAAUCGUCUGAGUUGUCCAGAGCCGGAAGGCGAGGCAUUCCAUGAGGCUGCCAUGAGCACUCUCUCUGAUGAUAUCAGACGGUGGAAGGGCGUUGUAGAACAUCUGGAGGAACUGCAGAUGGCUCAGCUCGAGGACGUGAUUGAUAAGGUCCGACAGGAGCUUGUGGUUCUGUGGGACAAAUGCAUGUUUGGACCAGAACAGAGAGAGACAUUCAGUGUUCACUUCUGUGAUAAUCAUUACACAGAGGAGCUACUGGCCCUGCAUGAUGAAGAGCUGCUGAGAAUGAAGGCCUUCUAUGAGACCGCUCAGCCAAUUCUGGAGGACCUGGAGAAAUGGAAGAGGAACUGGGCUCUCUUUCAGGAGUUUGAGAGAAAGGCUGCAGAUCCAAAUCGAUUCAGCAACAGAGGAGGGUCUUUGCUCAGAGAGAGUAAGGACAGGGCCAAAGUGCAGAAACUGCUCCCCAAGCUGGAGGAGGAGUUAAGAUGCCAUGUGGAGGAAUGGGAAAAGAAUAAGUGCACCGCCUUCCUUGUGCAAGGGCAAAGGAUCAUGGAUUUCAUCUCCAGCCAGUGGGAAGAGCAUCGUUUGCAGAAAGAUAAGGAGAAGAAUGAACGGAUGACAAAGAAAGCUGAAAUCUCUCAGUUUAAAACUCCAACAAAGAGAGCUCUUGGGUCGGCAUAUACCACCACAACCCCCAACAAAAUUAGAAAGAUGCCCAAUAUGCUGGUACCCUGCACUGCCACAGUAAGCAGUGUCAGUAGUGCCAGUAGCAGCGGUUCCUCCACCACGUUUCUGUGUGUGCCAGGAAGGCCUCAACUCUCUGCCAAGAGGAAUAAAACUACAGAGGCCAGCUCUGGACCCCGUGUGCCGCUGCAGGAGUUCAACAGUGACAAAAAGCCGGUUCCUGUGAGCUACUCAGACUUUACUAAUGAGCUCUCCAGGAAAGCCAGCUAUGAUGCUUUUCUUAAUUCUACUGUUAAAGACAUGCUGUGAUCGUCUUGUCAACAUUGAAACUAUUUGGUUUUUAUGUAUUUAUUUUCCAUGAAGCUUAGGUCACAAAUGGUCAUGUUUGUAUUAAGACUGUACAGCACAUUCUCUGUUAUUCUCAGGUGUUUUUCUUAUCUAGAUUUGACGAGUGUAGUGACUUUUUUCAAAGACUUGUUUUAAAUACUUUUUUUUUUAUCUUGCCCCUUGCUCUUUUAUCCAACUUCUUUUAUGCUUACUUAUCUAGUCAGAAUAUGUAUAUAUUAACUCAUAAUAGGGUCAGUCCUUUGCAUUUCUUUGUACAUACAGCACUUUUUUUU